CUACUAUUUUCCCCCGAGGUGUACAGUCCGGAGGCAUUGCUCCAGCUUUUAUAAUUCUGUUCGCUUUUCUCGUUGUGCUUUCUUUUUUCAUCGUCUUAUUUUCUUCGCAAGGUAGACGCACCCCCUCUCUCGCCCUAGAUUCCGAAAGACAGCCCAUUCUCCCUGCCACCAGAACUGAACCUCAAUCAAGAUGAACCGCAGCAAGGAAGAAAGACCAGACGUUGGCACUCUGACUGGGGAAGAUGUGGCAAAGCAUAACUCCAGAGAAUCAUGCUGGGUGAUCGUACAUGGAAAGGCGUACGACGUAACAGACUUUUUACCUGAGCACCCUGGCGGUCCCAAGAUCAUACUCAAGUAUGCUGGUAAAGAUGCCACCGAAGAAUAUGAGCCCAUCCACCCCCCAGAUACACUUGACAAGUAUCUGCCAAAAGAAAAACACUUGGGGCCUGUCAAUAUGGAGACUGUAGAGAAAGAGGUGAAAGAGGAGAGCCCUGAAGAAAAGGAAAGGCAAGAGCGGAUCAAGAACAUGCCCCCUCUAGAAGCCUGCUACAACCUCAUGGACUUUGAGAGCGUCGCUAGGAGUGUAAUGAAGAAGACCGCGUGGGCAUACUACAGCUCCGGUGCAGAUGACGAGAUCACAAUGCGAGAAAACCACUCUGCAUUCCACAAGAUCUGGUUCAGACCAAGGAUAUUGGUCGAUGUGGAGAACGUGGACAUCAGCACGACAAUGCUCGGGACGAAGUGUGACAUACCCUUCUAUGUCACAGCUACCGCCCUUGGAAAACUAGGACACCCCGAGGGGGAAGUGGUUCUGACGAGAGGUGCGAAGAAACACAAUGUCAUUCAGAUGAUCCCUACCCUGGCGUCAUGUAGUUUCGACGAGAUCUGCGACGCCAAAGAGGGUGACCAGUGUCAAUGGCUACAGUUAUAUGUCAACAAGGAUCGAAGCAUCACGAAAAAGAUUGUCCAGCAUGCCGAGUCUCGAGGUUGCAAGGGUCUCUUCAUCACUGUCGAUGCUCCUCAGUUGGGACGAAGAGAAAAAGACAUGCGCAGCAAAUUUGACGACACCGGUUCAAACGUCCAAAAUACCAGUGGUGACAACGUCGACCGAUCCCAAGGUGCCGCCAGAGCAAUCUCCAGUUUCAUCGAUCCCAGCCUCAACUGGAAGGAUAUACCCUGGUUCUUGAGCAUCACCAAAAUGCCCAUCAUCCUCAAAGGUGUACAGAGGGUCGAGGACGUUCUGAAAGCCAUCGAAGUCGGCGCACAUGGCGUUGUCCUUUCCAACCACGGAGGUCGUCAGCUCGAUACUGCACCUUCAGGCAUCGAAGUUCUCGCCGAAGUCAUGCCUGUUCUAAGAGAGCGUGGUCUCCAAGACAAGAUUGAGAUCUUCGUCGACGGCGGUGUUCGACGAGCGACCGACAUCAUCAAGGCCUUGUGUCUGGGAGCCAAGGGAGUUGGUAUUGGUCGACCUUUCCUGUUCGCCAUGUCCUCCUACGGUCUACCCGGAGUCGACAGAGCGAUGCAGUUACUCAAAGACGAGAUGGUGAUGAAUAUGAGGUUGAUUGGCGCAUCCAAGGUCGAAGAAUUGACCCCUGACUUGGUCGACACGCGCGGGUUGGCGACCCAUACUGUUCCUGUGCCUAAGGACACGCUGGGUUUGCGAUCCUACGACCCCCUGAUCACCGCACAUCAAAUGAUCAAAUCAAAGCUUUAAAUUUCCGUAAAACAUUGUUUUGAGCGAGACUUUUUUUGGUUCGUGUUGGUCAGGCGUGUUUCUGUACAUACCUAGCUAGUUUGCAAGAACUUAAGCUAUCAUGAGUAGAGGAAAAGACUUUCCUGGGUAUACAGUUACAUGUACGGACGGGAUAGGUAAAAUGGUACCAUUUGGAGGAUACGCUCCCUUGUGUAUGUAUGGCCUCGAUGCCCCCGUACUCAGCAACGAGACUUUCAAAUCAAACUUGGAUGGUCUUCGCUUCGAAUUUCCG